GUCGUUUCGCUUGAGAACUGCUGAGCAGUUGAUUAGGUUUUCAUCAAUCCGCUCGUAAAUCGUAAUGGCAAAUCCGAGUAAGUUUGUUUCCACUCUAAGUCAUAUUUGGUUCGCGGAGCAGUAAACUCGAGCUCCAUCGGUUUCGCUUGCCAAGGAAGUUUUCACUCUGUGUUCGCGGCUCCGAUUCGCGACCCGGAUUUCCCUGUGGUUCUUUAUUUAUAUGCUAAUUGUUAGAAGCAAAUGGAUAUAGCUCUGUUUUCGCCAUCGUCACUUUUUCCCGACGAGGACGAAUCUUCUAAUGAUGAGGGAACUUCAGAGACGCAGCAGAGCUACGAGGAAAGGAAGCAUCAAUUUCCUGGAAUGGAGUUGGUCAUUCGAGAGUUUUCAUUUCAUCAGCUGAAUGCAAAUUUGCUCUGGCCAGGAACAUUUGCAUUUGCAGACUGGUUGGUUCAAAACUCAUCUUGGGUACAAGGACGAAGAUGUAUUGAAUUGGGAAGUGGCACUGGUUCAUUGGCAAUAUUUCUACGAAAAUCAUUUAAUCUUGACAUCACAACGUCAGACUAUGAUGAUCAGGAAAUUGAGGAGAACAUCGCAUAUAAUUGCAGGGUGAAUGGAAUUACACCCGCCUUUCCUCACGUUAAGCAUACAUGGGGAGACAAGUUUCCAAUUAGUGAUCCUGACUGGGACCUUGUCAUUGCCAGUGACAUUUUAUUGUAUGUGAAACAGUAUCCGAACUUGAUAAAAACGCUCUCAUUUCUCCUCAAAUCGUACAAUUUCAAGCAAGAUUGUAAGGAAAUAGCUUCCCUGCCUGCCACUGGAAGUGAUGAGACUGGUGCACAGCCAAUGUGUCUAAUGAGCUGGAGGCGCAGAAUUGGAAAGGAGGAUGAGUUGCUCUUCUUCUCUGGCUGCGAAAAUGCUGGUCUUGAAGUAAAACAUGUGGGGUCCCGCGUAUACUGCAUCAAGUCUAUGGGAAAACCGGUGUGUGACGUCGACAGGCGAAACUUCUUAGAAAUUGCAAGGGGAUACACCUCACAUGAUGUGAACCCAUAAAGACGUCCACGUGGCAGCCUCUUGUGAUGCUCAUCUUGUACGGAUAUUCUGUGAUCUUUGCGGCAAAGAUUCAGAUCUCCACGUAAGCAAUUAUUAUCCACAAACGACAUGUAGCUGGCAGCCCCACACUCAAUAUGACAACCGACAAGUCGGCCGAGGUCAUCGUGGAUCCGAUCUCUUGCGGCAGAAAGCGACGCAGUGAUCAUGGUGUCGUCCCUUCACGUGUUGCAGCCUAACGAGACACGUAGUAACGCGACCACAAUUUUUGGGCUCACGACCGAUUUAUUUAUUAUUUUAUUUUUAAUUUUGAGGUUCUUUAAUAAUUUGGAAGAAUAUUGGUUAAAUCGUAAAUUUAGUCUAUAAACUUUAAAAUAGCAGCAUUUGACUAAUAUGGAGUGGAUAGUCGAACUCACAACAUUUUAUUUAAAAAUA